ACCAAAAGCCAACUUUAAGACGCAGCCCCUUCACCCCCUUCUUGUGGGUCCGGUGGUCACUCCAUCUCUCCCUCAGACCCACAAUUACACGUACAUGUGUAAAUAUUGAGUGUUCCCUAUCGGUCCGUAUUGGUAACCAGCCGCCCGGGUAACACAUCCUGUAUAUAGUCUCCAGUACUACGCGUUCCAAAUUUUUCCUACUCCCAGCCUGCAAGCACCGGACAAACCGUGAUUGCAAGCACACUGUCUGGGGCGAGUGACAGGGCAACCGAUAGACGCCCACGCCACACAGCUAGAAAGGGCGAACCUCAAACUAUAUCCAGUAAGCCUAGGCCAUCCCGUAUACUACAUCCUUUUCUUUUGUGCUGUCUGAUAUGGUCUACGAACAAUUACCCUUUGACGCCUUAACCGUGAAUGAAAACGAAAAGAAGCGCGUGGCGUACUUCUACGACUCAGAUGUGGGUAACUACGCUUACGGUGCUGGUCACCCAAUGAAGCCCCACCGUAUCAGAAUGGCCCACUCAUUGAUUAUGAACUACGGGCUCUACAAGAAGAUGGAAAUAUACAGGGCCAAGCCAGCCACCAAACAGGAGAUGUGCCAGUUUCACACCGACGAAUACAUUGACUUCUUGAGUCGAGUAACCCCAGACAACUUGGACAUGUUUUCCAAAGAAUCCGUCAAGUUCAACGUCGGGGACGAUUGUCCGGUGUUUGACGGGUUAUUUGAGUACUGUGGGAUCUCGGGCGGUGGGUCCAUGGAGGGUGCCGCGCGUUUGAACCGGGGCAAGUGCGACAUAGCAAUCAACUACGCCGGCGGCUUGCACCACGCCAAAAAGUCAGAGGCCUCUGGGUUCUGCUACUUGAACGACAUUGUCUUGGGGAUCAUUGAGUUGUUGCGGUAUCACCCCAGAGUGUUGUAUAUUGACAUCGAUGUCCAUCAUGGUGACGGUGUCGAGGAGGCCUUUUACACCACCGACAGAGUCAUGACGUGCUCCUUCCACAAGUACGGUGAGUUCUUCCCCGGAACCGGUGAAUUGAGAGAUAUCGGAGUGGGUCGUGGUAAGAACUACGCCGUGAAUAUUCCGUUGAGAGACGGGAUUGAUGACUCCACAUACAAAUCCAUGUUCGAGCCAGUAAUCAGCAAGAUCAUGGAAUGGUACCAGCCGUCUGCGGUGGUGUUACAGUGCGGUGGUGACUCUUUGUCAGGAGACCGUUUAGGGUGCUUCAACUUGUCGAUUAUGGGCCAUGCCAACUGUAUCAACUUUGUAAAAUCCUUCAAUUUGCCCACGAUGGUGGUUGGUGGGGGUGGCUACACCAUGAGAAAUGUCUCAAGAACCUGGACCUAUGAAACCGGGUUGUUAAACAACGUGUUGUUGGACAAAAACUUGCCGUACAACGACUACUACGAGUACUAUGGGCCGGACUACCAGUUGGAUGUCAGACUGUCCAACAUGCACAAUGCCAACUCUCCGGAGUAUUUGGAUAAGAUCUUGACGCAGAUCUUUGCAAAUUUGGAACACACCAAAUUCGCGCCCCUGGUGCAGAUGCAAGACGUUCCACGAGACAUGUGUGACUUGUCAGAUGACGAGGGCGAGGAUACCAACGAGGCCAUGGAUACCCAGGGUGGGUCAGAGUUUGCGCGUGACUCGUUGGUGGAAACAAAGGGCGAGUUCUACGAAGAUGACCACAUGGCCCAGGGUAUCGGAUCCAAAAAUACCAGCUUGAACGGCAGGAUAGACGUUGAGGGUGUCUUUGGGAGUAAACGAAAGUCUCUAGUCGAUAAAGGUGAAUCUAAAAGCACGAAUGGUGCGUUAGCCGAGGGUGCAGGUGAAUCACAGGAAACUGCGGGUGCCCUGGCCGAUGGGGAUAUAAAAGCCGAAGGCGUGACCGAAGCCGCGACUGAAUCUAAUGACGUGGAUAUGACGGCAGAGGAAGUUGAAGCAGCCAUUCCUCAGGAGGCCUCGGUUUCAGAGGCUGGCCUCUCUGUCGAUUCAGAAUCCAAGUAAGUGACCUAUUCCGUGGAUACGAUUUCUGCCUGGGCUCUUCUGUUCCCAAUACAAUUGAAUUAUACAGGUUUUAGUUGGUUUCGAGCCACCUUGGGCUCUA